AUGCAAAAUCUGAAUCAACACGUAUUGGGGAUUCUCUCCAAAUGUGAUCACCUUAACCACCUAAAGCAACUUCAAUCCUUCCUCACGAUUCUCGGCCACUCUCAAACCCACUUCUACUCCUUCAAGCUCGUCCGUUUCUGCGUCCUGAAGCUCUCCGACCUCGCAUACGCACGCUCCAUCUUCGACCACCUAUGGUCGCCCAACAUCUUCCUAUACACCGCCAUGGUCACCGCCUACUCCUCGGCUUCCGACCACAGCUCGUCCUUCGCGCUCUUCCGCGACAUGGUUCGUCGCCAGCGCCCGCCUAAGCCCAACCAGUUCAUCUUCCCGCACGUCUUGAAAUCGUGCCAAACAACGAAAAUGGUGCAUACCCAGAUAGAGAAGUCCGGGUUUGGGAACUACCCAGUUGUCCAGACGGCGCUUGUGGGCUCGUAUUCGAGGUCUGGGGGGUCGGAUAUUGGGAUUGCGCGGAAGGUGUUCGACGAAAUCUCUGAGAAGAAUGUUGUUUCAUGGACUGCUAUGAUCUCUGGGCUGGUGAGGCUUGGCGAGAUGGGUGAUGCGUUUUCGCUGUUCGAGGAGAUGCCUGAGAGAGAUGUUCCCUCUUGGAAUGCUGUCAUUGCUGGUUGCACGCAGAACGGGCUGUUUCCCGAGGCGAUUUCGUACUUUCGAAGGAUGAUUGACCAUCGACUCAGGCCAAAUCAGGUUACUGUAGUAUGUGCGCUCUCUGCUUGUGGGCACACAGGAAUGCUCCAGCCGGGUAAGUCGAUGCAUGGCUUUGUUUACAGGCAGGGUUUUUUUGCUGACAAAUUCGCGGCGAAUGCUCUGAUUGAUAUGUACGGGAAGUGUGGGAGCUUAGAUGAUGCGAGAAUGGUGUUUGAUAUGACUUCAAAGAGAAGCUUGUCGGCAUGGAACUCGAUGAUCAAUUCUUUUGCCCUCCAUGGUAGGACGGAUGGAGCGAUUAGUAUCUUUGAUGAGAUGUUGCAGUACUGGGAGCAUGUGACGCCUGAUGAGGUGACGUUCGUCGGCCUAUUGAAUGCUUGCACUCAUGCAGGGCUUAUCGAAAAGGGCCGGUUCUAUUUCAAUAUGAUGACCGAUCAUUACAUGCUUGAGCCUCAGAUCGAGCACUAUGGGUGUCUGAUAGAUAUCCUUGGUCGUGCUGGGAGGCUUGAAGAAGCAAUGGAAGUGGUACGGGGAAUGAAGAUUGAGCCCGAUGAGGUUGUUUGGGGGUCUUUGCUUAAUGGAUGCAGAGUCCACGGCCAUACUGAUUUGGCUGAAUUGGCCAUUAAAAAGCUAAUGGAGAUUGACCCCAGAAAUGGAAGCUAUAGGAUAAUGCUGGCAAAUCUAUAUGGCGAGUUAGGGAGGUGGGAAGAUGCCCGUAGGGUGAGGAAAGUGUUGAAGCAGAGCAAGGCGUAUAAGACACCAGGUUGCAGCUGGAUCGAGGUUGAGAAUGAGUUGUAUCAGUUCUACUCAAUCGAUAAGACACAUCCUAGAACAGAGGAGAUUUACAGGACACUAGAAACACUAGUUGUCUCGCACCAGUUGGAGUCGGUGAAUUGGAGGUUUGUUAAGGAGCAUGGGGAGUAAAUGAGCCGAUCACAUUUCUUCUCGUCACAAGAAUGGAACAGUUCGAUCACAGGGAUAUGGCAGCAGACCAUGUCAAGACACUGAAACAGCAUAGCCUACUGCUAAUGGCGGUUCUCGGGGAAAGUUAUCACAACAGAAGCUAUGGAUAAUGCUGUCAGUAGAAGUGCCUCCAGGCAGGAAGUGGCAUAGCGCCACGUAAAAUGUACUGCUGCCUAUUUGAAGAUAGAGAGAGCUUUAUGAUUUCGAAUGAAACAAAUUGAUCAUCAUCUGUUUCUGUAUACAAAUAUUCAUAUAAGUUAUUACAGUGUAACAAAGUUUGUACAGUCGAUUUCUCCGGCCAUGAAAAGUAUACUGGAAUCUGUUUCUAUGGAUAUGGA